AUGGGUCUGAUCUUUCGGGUUAUGAGUUUCGGAAACUUGAGUGAUUUAUUGUAUAACCAUUCUGCCGAUUCAGACUUCACAAAUCCAGAUUUUUUUGUUACUUUCUACGAUGUGGACCAGAACGAGUACGUCAAUAGUAGUGGAAAUUAUACGGAGGAAUACCAGCCCUUCGUGCUACCUCUAUGGCGUCAGAUUCUGUGGACUGUUCUUUUUGGCGUCAUGGUCGUCAUAGCAACUGUCGGCAACGUCCUUGUCAUUUGGAUAGUCAUCGCGAACAGGCGGAUGCGGAACGUAACAAACUACCUCCUAGUAAACCUAUCUAUUGCGGAUGCAAUGAUAUCGACGCUGAAUGUCACGUUCAACUUCAUUUACAUGCUGAAUGAAAACUGGCCGUUCGGAUAUUUCUAUUGCAAGUUCAAUCAGUUUAUCGCUGUGGUCAGCAUAUCUGCUUCCGUCUUCACCUUGAUGGCUAUCAGCAUAGAUCGCUAUAUGGCCAUCGUGAACCCCUUACGGCCUAGAUUGGGCAAAAGAGCAACGGUCGUCAUUGCAGCCACCAUUUGGAUAAGCAGCGCACUGAUUGGAACUCCGAAUCUCGUGUUUUUUAUUACUGAUUAUUACGUUUUGCCCGAUGGAAAUAUCAGACAACUAUGUUAUUCAGAAUGGCCGGAUGGAAUUACCACUAGAUCUGUAAUUGAAUAUGCGUACAAUGUAAUUUUUAUGAUGCUGACGUAUUUUAUACCCAUAAUAUCUCUGACAUACACGUACGCUAGAAUCGGUGCGGAGCUCUGGGGCUCCCACUCUAUAGGAGAGAGUUCCCACCAUCAACUGGACAACGUCAAAAGCAAGAGACGGGUCGUAAAGAUGAUGAUUGUGAUCGUAAUAAUAUUUGCGGUGUGCUGGCUGCCGUUUCACACGUACUUCAUCAUCACAUCAAAUUACCCAGAAGUGACGAAAUAUCCACCAAUACAAGAGAUUUACCUGGCCAUAUACUGGCUAGCGAUGAGUAACUCGAUGUUCAACCCGAUGAUUCUCUACUGGAUGAAUUUUAAGUUUCGAAGAGGAUUUAGGCAAUUCCUUAGAUGCUGCUGCUCCUGUGGCGAUAAAGACGCUCGCAGGCAAAGCAUGUUCGAAUUGAAAAAUCUGGACAGACUUUCAUAUUCACCGACACCGAAAAAUGGAACAAGUACGGUGUCAGUUUCAGUACAGAGCAUUAAUAAUAACUUAAUCGAGUUGAAUAGUGCAGCAGCAACG